UGUCGGGGGGAGGCGGAAGUGAAAGCGGGGAGGCGGCGGCGGGGCCCAUUAAAGCGGACGGAGGCGAGCGGGCUGCGGGUCUGCGCGGGCGCCGCGGCACACGCACCGGUGGAAAAGAUGACUUCUAGGAAGAAAGUGUUACUGAAAGUCAUCAUCCUUGGGGACUCCGGGGUGGGAAAGACAUCACUCAUGAACCAGUAUGUGAACAAGAAAUUCAGUAACCAGUACAAGGCCACGAUAGGUGCAGAUUUCCUCACAAAAGAGGUGAUGGUGGAUGACAGGCUAGUGACAAUGCAGAUCUGGGAUACAGCAGGCCAAGAGCGAUUUCAGUCUCUGGGAGUUGCCUUCUACAGGGGAGCAGACUGCUGCGUGCUGGUGUUCGAUGUCACGGCCCCCAACACGUUCAAAACCCUCGACAGCUGGAGGGACGAGUUCCUCAUCCAGGCCAGCCCGAGGGAUCCCGAGAACUUUCCUUUUGUUGUGCUGGGAAACAAGAUUGACCUAGAAAACAGACAAGUCACCACAAAACGGGCACAAGCCUGGUGCUACAGUAAAAACAACAUCCCCUACUUUGAAACCAGUGCCAAGGAGGCCAUCAAUGUGGAACAGGCUUUCCAGACGAUUGCACGAAACGCACUUAAACAGGAAACCGAAGUGGAGCUUUACAACGAAUUCCCCGAACCCAUCAAACUAGACAAGAAUGACCGAGUGAAGGCUUCCGCGGAGAGCUGCAGCUGCUGAGGGGAGAGGCAGGGGUUGAGCACAGUCCUUCACAAACGAAUAUCACACUUAGGCCUUCAAACACACAGCCCCUCUCCUGUGUUUAAAACGAAAUUAAAGGUAUCUCCAUCUCCAGCUGCCAAACCCCCCCCAUCUCCCAUGAGCAUCUGUGAGCCCCGCACCCCAGAGCUCACCCCCCCCCACAUCCCAUCACACUUCAUGGUAACAGACCUUUCUCUUAGUUUAAAAUGGAAACUCUUAUGUAUGUUUGGAACUGAAUUGAAUUCCAGGUGUCCAAGGGAGAGAAACUGUUUACAGGUAAUCUGUGUAACAAGUUCAUACAUUUUUAAGUGUCUGGUGUUUUCCCCUGUGAAGGCUGCAGCUGGAAAGGCUGGUUACCUGUAGUUCAUCGCAAGCUCAGCACUCAGUCCAACUAGGUUGAGUUUUGUAUGUAUCUCUGUUAAUGCUUGUUACUUUUAACUAAUCAGAUCUUUUUACAGUAUCCAUGUAUUAUGUAAUGCUUCUUUAGGAAAAAUCUUAUAGUACAUGUUAAUAUAUGCAACCAAUUAAAAAUGUAUAAAUUAGUGUAAAAUUCCUGAAUUUACAUGGUCAAGUACUGAAACACAGAUUGGGUAGGAAGUGAGGAGGACACUUGAGAACUGCAGCGUGGUGGUGACACACGGUCCAGAGAGGCAGUGUUCUGUACAGCAGAGCUGAGCUAGGGAAAGCCUCCUUGGCCUGGGGCCGGGAGGGCUUCAUCUCCUGGGAAAUCUGUCUGGCUUCCUUGUAUCCAAGUGGUCAGAUUUGCGGAACAGCGUUGAUGUGCACACUGGAUUAUUGGAUUUCAAAUUAAAUACGGCUAUAAAACAACCUCAUUUGUUCACCUCCCUGACUGCUUAACUCCUAACAUCCUGGAGCGAGUGUGGGAAGGGGCCGGAGCUGAGGUGUCCCGGGGGCUCUGGGUGCUGUGGGUGAAGCACUCUCCCACCGGGGCUGUGGUAGCUGUUUCUUGAUGAACGACCUGGACACUGAAUCUUCCCUUUCUUCUUACUGACUGCUAAUCUGGAUUUUUGGUAUGGAAAAACUUGGCAAUCUAGUCCCUUUCCUCUUCCUUUCUUCCUGGUAUUUGUUCUUGCGUUUGUAGCUUGCUUAAAUGGAGCCCUUCUACCUGUUUUCCAGAGGUCUACAUUCUAGUACGUAGGCUGAGCUCUUAUGUAAAGAGACAAACAUGAUGCCAAUAAACUUAACAAGAACAAA